AUGGCGCACACAGUCACUAUUACCACGCGGUUUCCGAGCGAUGCGGCGCGGCGCUUCGUCGCCUUCGCACGCGCCGAUGUUCAGGCUACGGACGAUGACAUGGGUCAAGGCCAGGCGGGAAUGGACUCUCCAAAAGCCGACUGGCUUGCCCGCCUCACCAUCGUCAGCAUAGACUUCCGUGACCCGCGGCAGGUCCUCUCUCUCGCAUCAAUGUUCCCAGUCCUCGAUGUACUCGUCAACAACGCCGCCCAGACUAUCCGGAGCAGUGCCAACGCAUACGGUCCUCUGGUCGAGGGCGAGCACAUCUCGCUCGAAUACAUGGUCGAACACAAUUGGUUCUAUCCCGGCCGCUGA